AUGACUGUCUGUAAUGCUACCCAGGGCCAUCCUUCUUUCUUCAUUCUGCAAGGCGUUCCUGGGAUGGAGCAUCUGCACAGAUGGCUCUCCAUCCCCUUCUCCUCCAUGUACUUUGUCACUGUGCUUGGGAACUGCACCAUCCUCUUCACCAUCGGCACCGAGCGCUCCCUGCACAAGCCCAUGUUCCUGCUGCUUGGCAUGCUGGCACUCACAGACCUGGGCAUGUCCACCACCACCAUCCCCAAGGUGCUGUGUAUCUUUUGGCUCGACCAGCGUGAGAUCAGCUUUGAGGGCUGCCUGGUCCAGCUGUUCUUCAUCCACUCCAUCUCUGCAAUGCAGUCUGCCAUCCUGAUGUCCAUGGCCUUGGACCGCUACGUGGCCAUCUGUGAGCCCCUGCGCUAUGCCACCAUCCUCUCCAACAGCCGCAUCGGGUUCAUUGGCCUUGUGAGUUUAGUGAGAGCCAUCCUAUUCAUUCUCCCCAUGCCUGUCCUGCUGCAGCAAAUGCCCUUCCAUGUCAAUCGUGUCAUCCCCACCAACUACUGUGAGCACAUGGCGGUGGUGAAGAUGGUGUGUGUGGACACCACAGUUAACAGGUUCUAUGGCCUGGUGGUGGCAUUAUUUGUCGUUGGGCUGGAUCUCUCAGCAAUUGCCUCAUCUUACGUGUUAAUUAUCCGGGCUGUCAUGCGGCUCUCCUCCAAGGAAGCCCACCACAAAGCCAUGAACACUUGCACCACACACAUCUGUGUUAUGCUCAUCUCUUACACGCCCUCACUUUUCUCCUUUCUCACUCACCGUUUUGGCAGGGGGAUUCCACCCCAUGUCCACACCAUUCUUGGUAACCUCUACUUCCUUGUCCCACCAAUGCUCAACCCUAUUAUUUAUGCAGUGAAAACCAAGGAAUUUCGGGACAAAUUGACCAAAUAUGGUUGCUGGGGUCAGAAGCCUGUCUGA